CCGCCGCCGCUCCCUAUAAAUACUCGCCGACGUCGCCGUCGACGUCGCACGUCGUUGUCCCGCUCGAAACCCAGAAAGAGAAGCUUUGUCUUCGUCCUCCUCUCGAGCAACGCCGCGCUCGUCUUGGGAUCGCGACGCCAUCUUCGGGGACCCAGAAAUGGAAGCCAGGGGCGCCGGAGGGAGGCGAGGGAAGAGGAAGCAGGCGGUUUCCAAGUCCGUCAAGGCCGGCCUCCAGUUCCCCGUCGGCCGCAUCGCCCGCUUCCUCAAGAAGGGCCGCUACGCCCAGCGCACCGGCAGCGGCGCUCCGAUCUACCUCGCCGCCGUCCUCGAGUACUUGGCCGCCGAGGUGCUGGAGCUGGCGGGGAAUGCGGCGCGGGACAACAAGAAGACCCGGAUCAACCCGCGCCACGUGCUGCUGGCGGUGAGGAACGACGAAGAGCUGGGGAAGCUGCUGCAGGGGGUGACCAUCGCGAGCGGCGGCGUGCUGCCCAACAUCAACCCGGUCUUGCUGCCCAAGAAGCCCUCCGCCGCCGACGCCCCCAAGGCGUCUCAGCGCAAGUCUCCGGCCAAGGCCUGACCUCGGGUUCGGGUUCGGGUUAGGGGGUGUUUCUGUAAAUGGCGGUUUUUUGGGUGGGCAUUUUGGGUAUAUAGAUCGUUAUUUGCACAGAGGUUAGGCCCUUUUUUUGGUGUACUGUUAGGUUGGUUUUUUGGAUGGUAAUCCCCGCUUCGGCGCAUAAGAGUAAAAAGAUGUGAUGUUCAUCAUCUGAUGAAUUUAAUGCAUAUGUUUUGCUCGUUCUACAACAA